CAUGUGGGGAUACCUGUCCCUGCUGCCUGCCUUCCUGGCAUUCUGGGCUACUGCUGGCAUCUGGACCGUUUUUUCGCUUGCUGUGGCCAACAAGGCUGUGAACCUCACUGAAGGCUUCCCCUAUAUCAGUCGAUGUGGAAAUAGCCCCCCUGAGAGCUGCAUCUUCAGCCAGGUGCUCAACUUGGGAGCUGCUUUGGCCGCCUGGACCUGCAUUCUCCGUUACCACCAGCUUCGGGACUGGGGGGUCGGAAAGUGGCCUAACCAGCUGAUCCUGUGGACAGGGCUCCUCUGCGCCUUGGGCACCUCCAUAGUGGGCAAUUUUCAGGAAAAGAACCAGCAGGCCACGCACCUGACGGGGGCCUUCUUUGCCUUCUUUGUGGGAAUAUUCUACUUCUGGCUACAGCUCCUUCUCUUCUGGAGGAUGAAGAGCCUGCCCCAACCUGGGGCUCCCUGGAUCGGGCCACUCCGUCUGGUCCUCUGCAGCAUUUGCACCAUCCUCACAGUGGCCAUGGUUGUCCUCCACACCUGGUCACUGCGCUCAGCCUCUGCCGCCUGUGAAUGGGUCGUCGCCAUGCUGCUGUUCAUCCUCUUUGGCCUCUUUGCGGUGGACUUCUCCAGCCUGGACGGCUGCACCCUGUGUCUCCAGCCGGGCCCUGGCAGCCUGAGCCCCCCGCCGGCCUCCCCCAUCUCCCUGAAGGUCCAGCUCUGAACACCUGGUCAUCGUAGCGUCUUCACACCUCCUGUCCCUGCCAUCUGGUUCCGCCCCUGCAACCAAGGCCACCCAGGAAGCGAGAGGCCAAGGCCAGCAGCCAUCCCUGAUCAAGGAUAUUUAUUAUUAUUAUUAUUAAUUUUUUUUUUUUUUGCCGCUGGCGGAAUCAGAGACACGGACGCAGGCAGGAUCACGCGAAAUCAGAAUUCCUUCCAGAGAGCAAAUCCGUACAGAAGGUCGUGGGGGAAGGGAGAAGACCAGGGGAGGGGGGCCCAGGAAGGGGGAGGUGGGGACACAAGGACAGAUGGCCCUGUCCGUCCGGAUCUGCUAAGCCACCCCAACCAGACCCCAUCCCUCCCCCACCCCACCCCGCAGAGAGAUUGAUCAAUAAAUAAAAUAAUAAAUUAAUCAAUAAA